AUGGACUUCGUGGGCCCAUCCAAAGCCCCCUCAACCAAACAAGCCUGUGAUAACUGUCGCCGGCGCAAAAUAAAAUGCUCCCGCGAACUACCCUGUGAUAAAUGCCAACGUCUACUACUAUCAUGCUCAUACAGCGACGUCCUCCGUCGCAAAGGCCCCAAAUUCCGAACCCUCUACCCCCUCGCGCCGAUCCAUCCGAUCCCCGCACGAGGCGAAACCUCAACCCCAGACCAAAUCUACGCUGAACCAUUCGAUCAAUCAAGCUUUAGAAUAAGCUCACCUACUUCGCCCGCAUUCGGCGUAAAUGAUGCACCGUAUACAUAUGAUCUCUCCGACUCGUUCUCACAACUCCCGCCGCCGGAGCUGGGCUCUUCGCCCGAUUCAACGGAUAUCAAUACCGUUGACUCAUCUGCAUAUGGACCCAUGAUUCCGCCCCAGAUAGCGCGCUUGUCGCCGCAGAUACUGCUCGCGCAUGUGAAUGUAUAUCUGAAAUACCUGUUCCCCAUCAUGCCUGUCGUGCGGGGUGAUCAGCUUCGUCGCGAUAGUCACCAGCCUGAGCGGUUAUUACCGCAGAGGUAUGCAUUUCUAGCUGCGCUGUGCGCGGCAACGCAUAUCCAGCUUAAGCUUGAUGGUGCGAAUCCCGUCCAAGAUCCGGCGAGGAUGCAGACAUUAGGUGAGGGUGAUGUACUCGUUUCUGGAGAGAAAUUGUUAGAAGAGGCUGUGCGGGCACGAAGGGAAUGCGAUAUUGUGGAGGACAUCAGUAUUGAGAAUCUUCUUACGAGUUUCUUCUUGUUUGCUUCUUAUGGCAAUUUGGAUAAGCAGACUCACGCGUGGUUCUAUCUUUGUCAGGCUACUUCGAUGGCUUUUACGUUGGGUUUACAUCGGGAAUCUAGCUAUGCGGAUUUCCAGGUUGAAGAAGCUGAGGAGAGGAGGAGGGUAUUUUGGCUUCUCUUUAUCACAGAAAGGGGAUACGCCCUCCAACAAUCCAAACCAGUCAUGCUCCGCAGCUCAAUCCACAAACCACAAGUUCUCUGCUCAGAAGACCCGAUCUUAGCAUAUGGCUUCAUUAAUCUCAUCAACAUUUUCGAGAAACUCACCGCAAAUCUAUAUGAUUGGGUUUCUGCUGGAGGCGGCGAUGGACUUGUCGAGCAGGCGCCGACAUCAGUCAUUCAAUCCAGUCUAUGUAAGCCGAUAACACUGGACGGUGUCCUCGAAAUCCAACAGGUUGAUAUCCUCAUCACGCAACAAUGGCUUCAAGCUAUGAUGUGGAAACUAUCUAUGAGCCAUGCGACACAACCAGGAUCAAAAGAUGAAUCGGUCUUACCAUUCCAUCUACCGGUGUUAGUUGGUAAAGCCGUGAUGAGCGUGAUAGGAACUGCAUCACAGGGUGCGGUGGAUGCCCAUGGAAUUGGAAUGGAACAAAAACUAUUUGACAUGGGCGUCUGUGUAACAGAUGUCACUCGCUCUCUCGGCUCAAAAGCCGUCCACAGACUAUCCGAGUCAGCCGUUGAUCCCCGUGAACUCCUAUGGGGAAUCCUACAUACUCUCUCCCAGAUCCGUGGAUCCCCGUCAUACCUAUUUGCGCCGUUAUUGGAACGUUGUAAGAAUGUCAUUGGGCUCGACGGCUCAAUCAAUAUGGGGAAUUUUUUGCCUACGCUUGGUGAGGCUGGUCCAAGAUCAUGGGCUGAUGAGCCAGGGUGGAAUCUGCUGGCAUCUAUGGAUCGGGGGGUUGAUGAGAUUCUGGGGGAAGGUGAGCAACUGGAUCAUGGACAUGGAAUAGUAGGUCUAGGUCAGCAGGGCGGACUUGAGUUUUGA